UACUCUGUUUUGCGCCACAUUUUAUGGAAAACACCCGUUUCUUUCUGUGAUCCUUAUCGCUAUUUUUUUCAUUUCAUAUUUGUGUUUAUUUGCAAGCUAGUUUUGUUUUGUUUUGUUUUUGUGUGAUUUUCUCCUUCAAAAUCUAUCAUUUACCAAUUCCAGUUUCAUCAUCAUCAUUCAUAUGAAUAUGAAUGAUAAAAUGAACAAAAUGUGUUGUUAUGAUCUCAAACUUUGAUGACAACAACUUCUUCAAUAGCCCAUUUUGUCUCUUGUUGUAUCAAAAACCACAACUUUUGAUUCUUACAAAAAGCUAAAAAGAUCUGAUUUUGAAGCUGCCAUUGGUGAAGAUGGAUUUUGAAGGUGAAGGUGUUAGGACACCAAAGGUGGAGUUGGAAGAAGGAGCAAAAAGUGUGAUGAAUUCAAAGAUGAAGGGUGCUGGAAACCAAAGCAGUAAAGAUAUGAUUUUCAGAGCUGAUAGAAUUGAUCUCAAGAAUUUGGAUGCUCAAUUGGAAAAGCACUUAAGCCGGGUUUGGUCAAGAAACACCAAUGAGACAAAAAGGCCUAGAGAAGAAUGGGAGGUUGAGUUGGCCAAAUUGGAUUUAAGGUAUGUUGUUGCUCAUGGUGCUUAUGGUACUGUCUAUAGAGGCACAUAUGAUACUCAAGAUGUUGCAGUGAAAGUGUUGGAUUGGGGUGAGGAUGGUGCUGCCACCGCUGCAGAAACUGCUGCUUUACGUGCAUCUUUUAGGCAGGAGGUUGCCGUCUGGCACAAACUCGACCAUCCAAAUGUCACUAAAUUUGUCGGAGCUUCAAUGGGAACUUCAAAUCUUAAGAUUCCUACAAAAAACUCUUCAACCAACAAUCAAGAGAACCUUCCUUCUAGGGCAUGUUGCGUCAUUGUCGAGUUUCUUCCUGGUGGAACACUAAAGCAAUACUUGAUAAGAAAUAGGCGGAAGAAACUUGCGUAUAGGAUUGUGGUUCAGCUCGCUUUGGACCUCUCCAGAGGUCUUAGCUAUCUACAUUCAGAGAAGAUUGUUCACCGUGAUGUUAAGACGGAGAAUAUGUUGCUAGAUGGUAACCGGAAUCUAAAGAUAGCUGAUUUUGGAGUUGCUCGGGUUGAAGCUUUGAAUCCAAGUGACAUGACUGGUGAAACUGGAACCCUUGGAUAUAUGGCUCCUGAGGUUUUGGAUGGUAAACCUUACAACAGGACAUGUGAUGUAUACAGCUUUGGCAUUUGCUUGUGGGAAAUUUAUUGCUGUGAUAUGCCUUAUCCAGAUCUAAGCUUUGCUGAUGUGUCUUCCGCUGUCGUUCGUCAGAAUUUACGACCAGAAAUUCCAAGGUGUUGUCCGAGUGCAUUGGCGAACAUCAUGCGGAAAUGCUGGGAUGCGAAUCCGAUCAAACGUCCGGAAAUGAAGGAUGUGGUGAUAAUGCUAGAAGCACUGGAUACAAGCAAAGGUGGUGGAAUGAUUCCUGAAGAUCAAAGUUCAGGUUGCUUUUGUUUUGCACCUCAAAGAGGUCCUUAAUUUUCCAGAAUCCUUGAUCAUUGUGUUCAAGAGAUGAGGUGAAGCACAGAAGACUGGAAAUCGGUAUUUUAUGGUUUUGCCAGUUUUUACAGUUUAACCGUUGCCAUUCUUUCCUGCGGAGGACAGCAUGGUUGUAAACAGAAAGGAAGAUAAUUGGUUUUAUUAUUUUACAUUAUUGGUUUUUUCCCUUUUCUUUAUUAAAAAAAGGCUGAAGUAGCUAAUUUAUUGCAUUUUAGAUAUUGUAUGUAGUACUGAAUAUCUGGGUGCAUUUAUGCAUGGAAAAAGGGUAAAAAUCUCUCCAAUCACUGGUUCUUGGCUAUCUGGAGUAAUGUUUUCAUGCA